AUAUUUGACAUUACCUAAACUUGGGUUUUUUUUUUUCCACAGCCUAUUUUUGCCUUUGUAAAUGAAGAAAGAUUUCCAACCAAUGGCUGGAAUGUGUAUGAUCCUAUUGCUGAGUUUCAAAGACAGGGCUUGCCAAAUAAUAACUGGAGAUUAACCUUCAUUAAUGAGCAGUUUGAAUUCUGUGAUACCUAUCCCCGAUAUUUGAUGGUCCCAUUUAAUGCCACAGAAGAUGACCUCAAAAAGGUUGCCACCUUCAGGUCAAGGAACAAAAUUCCGGUAUUGUCCUGGGUCCAUCCAGAAAACCAGUCUGUCAUUAUGAGAUGCAGCCAGCCGCUAGUAGGCAUGAGUGGCAAACGGAACAAAGAUGAUGAGCGAUACCUGGAGAUUAUUAAAGAAGCCAACGGCCAAACUUCCAAAUUGACCAUCUAUGAUGCUAGGCCCAACGUUAAUGCAGUGGCCAAUAAGGCCACAGGAGGAGGUUAUGAGAGUGAAGACGCUUACCCCUUUGCAGAGCUAGUGUUCUUGGACAUACACAACAUUCAUGUGAUGAGGGAAUCUCUGAAGAAACUGAAAGAUAUAGUGUUUCCACAAGUAGAAGAGUCUCACUGGCUGUCAAGCUUGGAGUCCACACACUGGCUGGAACAUAUUAAGUUGGUUUUAACAGGAGCCAUUCAGGUUGCAGAUAAAGUGGCUUCUGGAAAGAGCUCUGUGGUUGUGCAUUGCAGUGAUGGCUGGGACAGGACAGCCCAGCUCACUUCUCUGUCCAUGCUGAUGCUGGACAGCUACUACAGGACUAUAGUUGGCUUUGAAGUGUUACUACAAAAGGAGUGGAUUAGCUUUGGACACAAGUUCUCAUCGAGAAUUGGACAUGGUGAUAAGAACCAUGCUGAUGCUGACAGGUCUCCCAUCUUCCUCCAGUUCAUUGACUGUGUGUGGCAGAUGUCAAAGCAGUUUCCAACAGCGUUUGAGUUCAAUGAACACUUUUUGAUUACAAUCCUGGAUCAUCUAUACAGUUGCAGAUUUGGAUCUUUCUUGUAUAACUGUGAGUCUUUGCGGGAAAAAGAGAAACUAAGAGAAAAAACGCAGUCUCUGUGGUCUUGGUUAAACAGUGAGAAAUCGAAGUACAUCAACCCAUUCUACACAAAGGAGUUGAAUCGAGUGCUGUAUCCUGUAGCGAGUAUGCGCCACCUGGAGCUCUGGGUCAAUUACUACAUCAGGUGGAACACAAGGCGACAGCAGCCAAACCCUGUAGAACAGCGCUACAUGGAGCUGCUGGCAAUACGUGACGAUUAUGUCAGGAAACUUGAAGAACUUCAAAUCUCCAAUUCACCAAAAAUGAACAAUUCCUCCACCUCUCCGCCUUCACCGUCACGAAUAAUGCAAACUCCAUUUUGA